AGAACAAUCAGAUCGCGGGAUCAAAAGAAACUAUGUUGCCGUGGCUCCGAGUGAUGUCCGUGUCAGCGGCGGCACUUGCCUUAGUCUCAGUGGCGUCCCGAUGCUCAGCGGCACCCUCGCAACCUUCGCCGCCAGAUGUCAGCCUCAGCACGGCCCUCAAAGUGCUCCCAGCCCUGGACGCCAAACAAGUCGUCGUGGGGCUCAUCGAACGCGAGGACUUUGAAGGCACGGUCGCAGACGAAGCAGCCAGGGCCCGUUCGGCGACUCGCGAAGGCCGGAUGCUCCGGGUUCCGCCGGAAGUGACCAUCACGUCGGGUGCCCUGAAGGUGACCGGGGACUUGUUGCCCGGGCGCAAGGGCCGCAUUAUUGAGGUGGGUGCGGAUGGGAUCCCGAUCGUGCACGGGGUGCGGGAACCCGACGACGAGACGGACAACCAGGUGUGGAGGAAUGCGGACGUGGUGGAAGGCAGGCUGAUGCCGAGCUCGCACAAGGCUGCCAAGGCCCUGGAUCUGGGCAAAGAUGAAAACAUGCCACAGUCUCACCCACCAGCAGACAGGAUCCAACCAAGGAUCCUCACUGGAGGUGAUGUCCACAUCAUUCAAGCAGUGCCAGUGGAAGAGCGCAAAGAUGAAGACCAGGAUGACUCACUAGCCCCUGGAGACCAGACCAACAAACUUUCCAGAGACAAUGACAUGUCAGCAGCCAGUUCCAACAGGCGCUACCAGCAAAGCCACCAACAAGCAGAACCAGUGUACCAGGGCAACAAGGGUCUUGGUGUUGGGUCAGUUGAGGCUGUGGAACUGGACUCCAGCUAUGGGUCCAACAAAAACAAGAAAAAGAAGAAGAACAACAACAACAAGAAAUUCACCCAAGUCAGAGGAGGGGAUGAUGAUGACAAUGAAGACCUGAAUGAUUCCCAGGAGUUCAGUCCCUCUGACUUUUACUUUGGCCAGCAACUCCAACAACCAAAUCAGCAACAGCAGCAGAAUCAACAACAGCCAGUCUCUGAUUACUUCUCCAACUUCCAGCAGCAGCCUCAAGGAGGCUCAUUCAAGGGUUUUGAAACAAAUUACCUCCAUUCUGAUGAGAACAAAAACAACAACAACAACUACAACAAGCACCAACAACAACAUCAUCCCCAGACUCAGUUCAACUUUGGUGACCCCCCACCACAGGCAGGCCAAAAGUUAUUCAAUGGUGGAGUGGUCAUUGGUCCAGCAGACCCCUCAGAUUUUGCCAUCAAGAAUGUGCAAUUUGACAACAGCAGGUUCUCAGUGCAAGUGCCUGUGCCAGUGGAACAACUGUCAGGCAUCAACACCCACUUUGUCUAUGAAGAGCCUGGGGCCUCUGCUGCUGCUUUGGGUGAUGAUGAAAGCUUUGAGGAGUUGUUUGCCCCUGAACCAGCAUUGAGGCAACAGAGACCACACAGGAGACCACCAGUGCCUGGCAGACGUCAACCACCACCACCACAUGUGCUGCAUAGUCAUUCCAGGCCUGGAAGACCCACACCACAUAGACAAGUGGAUGGUGAUGAUGGUCCUGUGAGUAAGAUGGGCAAGACUGUGAGACAGGCCAUGAGAAGAAGGUACCAGCAGUUCCAAAGCUUUGUCAAUCCUGUCAUGGGUCCACUCCGAGAAGCAGGACAGAAAAUCUCCCAGAACCUCGGGCUUGCAGAGUCCUUCGACGGCAUCAACGAGCGAUUGGCAACCGUGGUUGGUGCCCCGGGCUUACCGAUAGUCCUGGGUGGCGCCUUGACCCUCGGCGCCCUCGGAUUAGGCGCCCACGCGCUCAACAAUUUCGAAAUCUCCGUCAACCGCGGCGCCGUCCCGGCAGCGACCCGCGAAAAGGCCGCCAAAGCAGGGGAAACCACUGUGCAAAAGGCCAUCGAAGCCGCCUCAGCCAAGUUUGAGGACGCCACCGGUGGUACCACACCUUCAACGACGACGACCACCACCACCACCGCCGCCUCCACCACUGCCAAAACGAGGCGACGCAAGAGGAAUGCCGACGAAGACCCCGAUUUCUCGUCCAACAUGCUGGAAAUGGUCCAGAGUCCAGAAGCUGUUUUUUAUGCCAAAAUGGGAGAAGAUUUUGCCACUAGGAAAAGGAAUCCUUGCGUUGGGAAAUUCGGAUGUCGAGUGACAUCUGUAGUUUAUCCUGCUAUUGAGAAGUACCAUAAUCAGGCAUCCAAGCAAACCAUCCCUGAAAGGGCACCAAGGAAAGACAUUCAGCCCUGAGAGAAACCAUUCAGCAAACCCAGCUUCAACUCAUCCUUUUUUUUUCUAAUUUAAGCCAUUUGGAAUCUGCUGAUCUUCUUGGUUGCAUGGAUGCAUUGAUGAUAUGGAGCAUGCUUUCAGUGGAAAAAGUCAUGUUACAUAUUCACAAUUUUCUGCAUCAGGAAACCAUCACUAAAACCCUAGAAAAUCAACAUUAUAAUUCAAACCACUGAUUUUUAAAAUUAGCAUAUAUUUCACAUGGUACAACAAACCAUAGUAUUUCUGAUUGAUUUCCAUUAGAACCAAAGAAAGAGUAUCAGGAGUGCAUACUCAAUCUUUGAAUUCUCUUGGUUUCAAUCCAUGCAAAAAUCUGGUACAAACUCCAUAUCAACAAUUUAAUAUUUCAAAUUAACUUCCUCAUUCUAAAAAAAAAAGAGAUCACUAUAUGGAUCUUUUCAACCAAUUAUUAUCUGGCUGGUUUCAAAAAACUUGAAUCCUUACUUCAAUGAAUUCAUGGAUCAUCAUAUGGCAAAAUAUAAUUUUAGAUCAAUUUGCCUCAGCAGGAAGAUGGCCAACAUAGGACAUAUUUAACCAAGGAUUAAAAUAACUAGUUUUCAAUCAUAGAUCCAUGAAUUUAUCACAUGCAUCUUCAUAUAUUGUGCUUGGUUCAGUUCUUCAUUCUGAACAAAGCUCAAUUGUGACCAUCAUGCAUCCAUUCAACCAAAAAGUACAAUACAACCAGACAUGACCUGCUUGGACCAAAGCAACUGUGACAGCAGACACAUGGUGUGCCAUCUUGCACACCAGCACUGGAUGUUGAGUGAACCAUAUUUCCUUUGCUUUUUCUACCAAAGAAAAGCACAAGGGGGAAAAAAAUAUGGCACUUGAACAUGACCCUGACUUAUGUGAUGACUAAGACUUGAGACAACAUGCUCUGCAGGUGUAGUGCAAAAAGAUUCUAUGUUACCAGGUGUGUUUUUGUACGGUAUACUACCGGUACCCUGAGAUGUAGUUGGACAUUUUUUUUUUGUUGUUAUUGAAGAGUGAGCAAGUGUUGCACAGUGUGCAUUUGUGCAGCACAUGUCAAGAAAAGAAAAAAUGUUGUACCACUUUUGUUAUUGUACCUUUGAUCCUUGCAUGGUGAUUUGUAAUGAACCAUUGUGGGAAGCUUUCCAAAAUCAA